AUGGUAAAAUUAUUUCACAACUCUACUUUAAUUUCAAAACCACCUUUACUUCAUCCUAUGCAAGCGGUCAUCGAUCAGAUUCCUUUGGCAGACCUUGAAGAUAUCGGUACAAGAGUCGAACCUGUUAAUCCUAAUAUUAAAAAUAUAAUGAUUACCGGAGGUGCUGGUUUCCUUGGUAGUUUCUUGGUUCGAAAACUUGCUGUUCUAUACCCAGAAUUCAAUAUUGUAGUUGUAGAUAAAUUGGAUUAUUGUGGAAGCUUAAAUAAUUUAAAAAUUAUUAAAAGUUUUCCAGGUUAUAAAUUCGUAAAGGGUGAUGUAACCUCAUCAGAUUUCAUGUCUUUUAUAUUGCGAGAAAAAAAAAUUGAUACAAUUAUUCAUCUCGCUGCUCAAACACAUGUGGACAAUUCUUUUGGUGAUUCAUUCGAAUUUACCAAAAAUAAUGUUAUGGGAACUCAUGUUAUGUUAGAAGCUGCUAAAGUUCAUGGAAUUAAGAGGUUUAUUCAUGUUAGCACGGAUGAAGUUUAUGGUGAAGUCGCAAAAACCAGUCCUGAUUGUCAUGAAGAAUCUAUAUUAGCUCCAUCAAAUCCUUAUUCUGCAACAAAAGCGGCUGCUGAAUGUCUUGUAAAAGCUUAUCACAAGUCAUUUGGCCUACCGAUAAUUAUUACAAGAAGUAAUAAUAUUUACGGUCCAUAUCAGUAUCCUGAAAAAAUUUGUUCAAAAUUCAUUUGUAGCUUAAUUCGUGGUGGAAAAUGGUACGACAUAAUUUAUAUUCAUGGUGAUGGUUCCAAUUCUCGUAAAUAUCUAUACGCAGGUGAUGUUGCUGAUGCGUUAGAUAUAAUUUUACAUUUGGGACAAGUUGGCGAAAUUUAUAAUAUUGGCUCUAAUUUUGAAAUUUCAAAUCUUGAGCUUGCUCGGACAUUAAUUCGAAAAUUUGGUUAUAAAGAGGAUGACCAUAUUGAAUUCGUACAAGAUCGUGCAUUCAAUGAUCGACGUUACGCUGUAGAUUAUCGUAAAUUGAGAGUGUUGGGAUGGAAACCUCGUAUGGGAUGGGAAGAAGGCUUAGAAAAAACAAUUGAAUGGUAUAAAGAAAAUAGUGAUAAGUGGUGGGGUGAUGUUUCUUGUGCAUUGGUACCACAUCCUUUGAAGGCAUUGCCAGCGGUGGAUUACUCUUUAUCUUGA